AGCCUGAAGCAGAUCCCUGGACCUGCCGGUGUCGGGGCCGUUCCUGACCGUCCUGCCCAGAGGGGUCCAGACCUGGGGCGGCUCCAGCAGCCAGCGAGUGCAGAGGAGGUGGUGACCCUGGUGGAGGACUACAGAAAGAGAGUGCCCCGAGAUUCUCCGCAUCAGAGACUCGCCCACGGGCCAGUGUCACUGGGAAAUAAGAGAAAGCAAUCAGCUGUUCCUGCUCCCCGGGGCCCUACGUUUCCCCAAGGCGGGAAUCCAGGAGAUAGGGCAAUGGCAGCUGCCCCUGAGAAAGCUAGGCCUCAGGGAUUGGUGACAUUCGAAGAUGUGGCCGUGAGCUUCACCUGGGAGGAGUGGGAGCAUCUGGACUCGGCUCAGCGCAACUUGUUCCGGGAUGUGAUGCUGGAGAAUUAUGGGAACCUCGCCUCCCUGGGAUUUCCAGUUCCCAAACCCGACGUUAUAUACCAGCUGAAGGAAGGGAGUCUGGAUCUGCUGGGAUCUGUUGAGGAAAGAGAUCCCUGCACAGAUUUUACAACUGGAACUGAAAUGACAAAAUCAAUUCCCCCAAAGCAGAACAGAUCUGAAGAAGGAGAUUUACAAAAGGCAUUCCUGGGAUGUCUUCUCCAGAGUAUUCUUGUGACUUCCGUGCACGAAAGAAUCUAUGAAAAUGAAGAUAGAGUAGAAAAACAAAGGAAGAAACCCACUGUGGAAAAACUGAAGAAAUUUCCUAACCAGGAUAGUGCUUUCAGAAAUGUGGAAGUCCAGAAGAAAGUCCCCACAGCAAAGAGGUCAAACGAAUGCAGAAAAGCUUUUGAAUGUAAUUCAUGCCAUACUGAACAGCAGAGAUUCCAUCCCGGAGCAAGAGUCAACAAUUACAGUGAAUGUGAGAAGACACCGGGUAACCAAACGGCCCUUAUUACACACGAUAACAUACGUAUUAGAGAGAAACCGUAUAAAUGUAAGGAAUGUGGAAAAGCCUUCAGUCAAAAUUCAGCCCUUAUUGAACAUCAGAGAAUCCACACUGGCGAAAAACCCUAUAAGUGUAAUGAUUGUGGGAAAGCCUUCAGUCACUACUCGACCCUUAUUAAACAUCAGCGAAUCCAUACUGGAGAAAAACCCUACCAGUGUAAUGAAUGUGGGAAAGCCUUCAGUCAGUAUUCAAAUUUUUUUAAUCAUCAGGUAGUUCAUACUGGAGAGAAACCCUACCAGUGUAAUGACUGCGGGAAAGCCUUUAGUCAUCACUCGACCCUUAUUAAUCAUCAAAGAAUUCAUACUGGAGAAACACCCUAUAAGUGCAGUGAAUGUGAAAAAGCUUUCAGUCGAUAUUCAAGUUUAUUUAGGCAUCAGAGAAUUCAUACCGGAGAGAAACCUUACAAAUGUAAUGAAUGUGCAAAAGCCUUCAGUCAACAUUCAGCUCUUAUUGGGCAUCUGAGAAUUCAUACCGGAGAAAAGCCUUACAAAUGUAGUGAAUGUGGAAAAGCUUUCAGUCAUAACUAUGCCCUCGUUGGACAUCUAAGAAUUCACACUGGAGAAAAACCCUACAAAUGUAACGAGUGUGGAAAAGCCUUCAGCCACCAUUCCGCCCUUAUCGGGCAUCAGAGAAUUCAUACUGGAGAGAAGCCUUACAAAUGUAAUGAAUGUGAAAAGGCUUUCAGUCAACACUCAGCCCUUAUUAAACACCAGAGAAUCCAUACUGGAGAAAAACCCUUCAAAUGUAAUGAAUGUGGGAAAGCCUUCAGUCAUCACUCAACCCUUAUUAAACAUCACAGAAUUCAUACCAGAGAAAAAUCAUACAAGGUAAGUAAAUGUAAGAAAGCUCACAGGAAUUACCCAACACUAAAGAUUCAUGCUGGAGAAAAACCUUACAAAUGUGAAUGUCAAAAGGGCUUCAGGAAUCUCCCUUUCACCAUCAUUAAGUAUUAGAGGAUUGAUUUGAUCUGGAGAGAUAUGAGGCAAAUCUAAUGAGUGUGGAAAAGUUAUAUAAAUAAGGGAAUUAAUGCCAGAAAGCAGCUUAACAGAUAAAAUUUAUGUGGAGACAUCUUUAAUAAAUGCUGACUUACAAUGAAGAGGAAACCAGUGCAAAUAGAUCCAAGCUCAGGCUUUUCUACCUAUGUCUCCGAGUUGGAAAAGUAUGCUAACAGAAUUAAAGUCCCAUGUAUAAUUAGCACUAUUCGGGCAUGUGUGAUGCUCCUGUCAGCUGUAUGGAUAAUGUCUGCUUUCUCUGAGCAAGGAAAGAGCUACUCUAAACCAAAGAGCCAGUUGAACCUCAGAGCCAAGUAGGAGAAGUACGGCACUUUCCAUUCCUCAAACCUCCUCUAGUGCUUCUGGCCUGCUCUUCAGUCAUUAAUGACGUAGUUACUAGAGUUGAUUUGAAAGGUUUUUCUCCAGAUCAGUAUCAGUCGACUUGGGGAUUCUCUAGGCAAUGGGCCAAACUUUUCCACCACAGAAAAGUUACAGAACCGGAAUUCACGGCUUAUUCAAUAGUAGAUCAUUCCUGUUUUUUUUAAAAAAAAUCAAAAAACAACAAUAAACAUAAUGAAUGUGGACAAUUUUCA